AUGGCUAAAAUCGGAAGCUUUCUUGUUCUUAUUUCUCUUGCUUGCUCUCUUACUCUAUGCAUCUGCGACGAUGAAGAGAACAAUUAUGGUGGCGACAGAGGCAACCUUUUCCCAGGUUUUUACAGCAGAUCGUGCCCUAAUGCCGAGGAGAUCGUGAGGUCAGUCGUAGCUCAAGCUGUUGCAAGAGAGACUCGUAUGGCUGCUUCUCUCAUGAGGCUCCAUUUCCACGACUGUUUUGUUCAGGGUUGUGAUGGCUCAUUGCUUCUAGACAGCAGUGGUAGGAUAGUUACUGAGAAGAGCUCUAACCCUAACAGUGGAUCAGCUCGCGGGUUCGAAGUUGUUGAUCAGAUCAAAGCUGCAUUGGAGAAUGAAUGCCCUGGAAUUGUUUCUUGCGCUGACGCCUUAACUCUAGCCGCUAGAGAUUCCUCUGUUCUUACUGGUGGACCAAGCUGGAUGGUUCCACUGGGAAGAAGAGACUCGACAAGUGCAAGCUUGAGUGGAUCAAACAACAACAUUCCUGCACCUAACAACACUUUCAACACAAUUCUUUCGAGAUUUAACCGUCAAGGUCUAGAUGUCACCGAUAUGGUUGCUCUCUCUGGGAGCCACACCAUUGGAUUCUCAAGAUGCACUAGUUUUAGACAGAGGCUUUACAACCAGUCCGGAAACGGAACUCCCGACACGACCUUAGAGCAAUCCUAUGCUGCUAACUUGCGCCAGAGGUGUCCCAGAUCAGGUGGAGACCAGAACCUGUCGGAGCUUGACAUCAACAGUGCCGGAAGAUUUGACAACAGCUACUUCAAGAACUUGAUCGAGAACAUGGGACUGUUGAAUUCCGACGAGGUCUUGUUCUCUAGCAACGAAGAAUCGAGAGAGCUAGUGAAGAAGUAUGCAGAGGAUCAAGAAGAGUUCUUCGAGCAGUUUGCGGAAUCGAUGAUCAAGAUGGGGAACAUCUCUCCCUUGACAGGUUCGAGUGGUGAGAUCAGGAAGAAUUGCAGGAAGAUCAAUUCUUGA